AUGGAUGAAUAUACGCAGACUGGCCAGGCAACCGAGCGGAUCCUUGAUGACCUCGAAAACCCCUUGGCACGGGUCCCAAAGGACAGACUGCUUCGAGAAGUGGAGGAGUACGCUCAAUCGUACGACUUGAAUGACAUCCUUCCUGAGCUGAAGAAGGGCGCAUUGGCCGCCCAGAGGCCAGGCGAUUUCGACAAUAUCGAGGAGCUUACCGCCGAGGAGCGUCAGUGCCUACGGGAGGAAGUGACCCAUCGCUGGAAGCACCCCUGGGCUCUGUAUUAUACUGUUGUGCUCAAUUCCAUUGCCGCAGCCAUCCAAGGAUGGGAUCAAACCGGUUCCAACGGUGCCAACCUCACCUUCGCGCAGCAGUUCGGCAUUCCUCAAGAUGGCUGCUUGACUCAAGCAGAGUGCACUCGUAAUCAGUGGAUCGUGGGAGUGAUCAACGCCAUGCCUUACAUUACCAUCGCGCUCUUUGCUGGCUGGAUAUCCGACCCUCUCAACCACUGGCUGGGCCGCAAGGCUGUCAUUGCAAUUGCCGCCGUGUUCAGUUUGGUUGCCCCCAUAGCAUGCGCAUUUACUCAGAACUGGCACCAACUCCUGGGCUGUCGUAUACUGUUGGGAAUUGGUAUGGGCUUGAAGGAGGUCACUGUCCCUGUUUAUUCCGCGGAGAACGUACCCACUAGCAUCCGUGGAGGCUUGGUCAUGUCCUGGCAAGUCUGGACUGCAUUUGGCAUCUUCCUCGGAACUUGUGCGAAUCUUGUUGUGGUUAACACUGGCCACAUUGCCUGGAGGCUACAGCUUGGUUCAGCUUUCAUUCCCGCUGUUCCUCUCCUGUUGGGAAUUUGGUUCUGCCCUGAGUCUCCCCGUUGGCUGUUGUCAAAGGAAAACCCACGCAAGGCAUAUGAAUCUUUACUCCGACUGAGAAACAGUCCAUUGCAAGCAUCUCGCGAUCUCUACUAUAUCCAUGCGCAAAUCAAAAUGGAAGCUCGCCUCCUCCGGGAAUCUGAAUUCACAAAGGGCGGCAAUACCCUUGCACGAGCCCUGGAAUUAUUCACGGUCCCUCGAAUUCGCCGGGCUACACAGGCUUCUGGCAUUGUCAUGAUUGCGCAGCAAAUGUGUGGAAUCAAUAUCAUCGCGUUCUACUCAUCCACAAUCUUUGAGCAAGCCGGCGCCACGAACAUCCAGGCCCUGCUGGCUUCCUUCGGCUUUGGCUUGGUGAACUUCCUCUUCGCCUGGCCAGCUGUCUGGACCAUCGACACGUUUGGUCGUCGUUGGCUCUUGCUCGCCACCUUCCCCAAUAUGUGCUGGACCCUGCUCGCUGCCGGAUUCUGUUUCUGGAUUCCCACGAGUAGUAGCGCCCAUCUAGGUCUGAUCGCCCUGUUCAUUUACCUGUUCAAUAUCUUCUACUCCCCCGGAGAAGGGCCCGUCCCCUUCACCUACUCAGCCGAGGUCUUCCCUCUGACUCACCGCGAGAUUGGCAUGGCGUGGGCAGUGGCGACCAACAAUUUCUGGGCAGCCGUGCUGUCUCUGACGUUUCCGUACAUGCUGCGUGACUUCAAGCCACAAGGAGCUUUUAGUUUCUACGCAGGAUUGAAUAUUCUUGCUCUGCUUCUCAUCUUCUUCUUCUUGCCAGAGACAAAGCAGCGCUCUUUGGAGGAACUCGACCGGGUUUUCAGCAUCUCGACCCGUGCUCAUGCCAAAUACCAGUUGACCGAAGUGUUGCCGUGGUGGAUUCGGCGAUAUUUAUUCGGGCGCAAGGAUGCAGUCGUUCGUGACAUUUAUGGCCACCUCUCUCCUGACCCCGUUCUGAUUUUGGAGAAGCCCGAAAAGGAGGAGCACCUUGAAUCGGUAUGA